AGUAGCCUAUUGGCCCGCUGUGGUCACGCCUCUGGCCGCCGCCGAGUGCGGCCUGAGUUCCCGGUCCUACAAGUCCUGUACCAGGUCGCUUCUUGAAUUUUGGCGUUAGUACAGACCUGGGGACAAGCUGGAAGCAGAGUCGGCCAGUCUGGCUGGUGAGAGGCGUGAGAUAAGUCAGGGAGGUGGAAGUGCACUGCAGAUUUCGGCCUGGCGGGCGGGCACUGACCCCUGACGCUCGCAGGCACGAUGAAGGCACUGAUCUUAGUGGGCGGUUAUGGGACGCGGUUGCGGCCGCUGACGCUGAGCAUCCCGAAGCCACUGGUGGACUUUUGCAACAAACCCAUCUUGCUGCACCAAGUGGAGGCGCUUGCCGCCGCAGGCGUGGAUCACGUCAUCCUGGCCGUGAGUUACAUGUCUCAAGUGUUGGAGAAGGAAAUGAAGACUCAGGAGCAAAGGUUGGGAAUCCGAAUCUCCGUGUCUCAUGAAGAGGAACCUUUGGGGACAGCUGGGCCUUUAGCACUGGCCCGUGACCUGCUCACUGAGACUGCAGACCCUUUCUUCGUCCUCAACAGUGAUGUGACCUGUGAUUUCCCCUUUCACGCCAUGGUGCAGUUCCAUCGGCACCAUGGCCAGGAAGGCUCCAUCCUGGUGACCAAGGUGGAGGAGCCUUCGAAGUAUGGUGUGGUGGUAUGUGAGGCAGACACAGGCCGCAUUCACCGGUUUGUGGAGAAGCCACAGGUAUUUGUGUCCAAUAAGAUCAAUGCAGGCAUAUACAUUCUGAGCCCUGCAGUGCUGCAGCGCAUCCAGCUGAAGCCUACGUCAAUUGAGAAGGAGGUCUUCCCUAUUAUGGCCAAGGAGGGCCAGCUAUAUGCCAUGGAGCUGCAGGGCUUCUGGAUGGACAUUGGACAGCCCAAGGAUUUCUUGACUGGCAUGUGCCUCUUUCUGCAGUCACUGAGGCAGAAGCAACCUGAACGACUAUACUCAGGCCCUGGCAUUGUGGGCAAUGUGCUUGUGGACCCAAGUGCUCGAAUUGGCCAGAAUUGCAGCAUUGGCCCCAAUGUGAGCCUGGGUCCUGGUGUGGUGGUAGAGGACGGCGUGUGCAUACGACGCUGCACGGUGCUGCAGGAUGCCCACAUCUGCUCCCACUCCUGGCUUGAGUCGUGCAUUGUGGGCUGGCGCUGCCGUGUGGGCCAGUGGGUGCGUAUGGAGAAUGUAACAGUUCUGGGCGAGGAUGUCAUUGUUAAUGACGAGCUCUACCUCAACGGAGCCAGUGUGCUGCCCCACAAGUCAAUUGGUGAAUCAGUGCCAGAACCUCGUAUCAUCAUGUGAGGGCCUUUCUCCAUCAGCAGGAGGAGUACUGGCCUGACACAUCAGGAGACCCUGGACUUGGUGCCAUUUAUCUGAGGAGGGGUAGACAAGGCCAGAAGUGUAGUGGGGACACCUGCCUUGUAUGGACAUAACUGACAGCAUCUUUGCAGAACACACCCCAUAAACCCCACUCUGUCAAGAAGGGCUGUGGCAAGGGUUGUAUAUAAUAAUUUAAUGCUCAUUAUGGCCCUGACUGAAAGUCAAGCACA